UCACUGUUUAAUAAACAGGAUACACUUGAUGUUCCUAAAUGUACACCAGGAUCCGUGUUUAUAGCAUCAAUGACAAGUCUUACGUGUUUAUAUUGUAAACAUCGUCAAAUUUUUUGAAAGAAAUUGCAUGGACUCAUGAAUAGAAAUUUAAAGUAGAAGCACGUCGUUGGACCAUUUCAAGAUUACGGAUGUCUUCUUGUAUGUGGGGGUCCCAGACAAGCGCUGCAUACUCCAUUUGAGGUCUGACUAGUAAUGAUUUGUGUGCACUCUCGUUUAUGGAAGUUGAGCUGAUGUUAAAGUUUCGGCGGAGAAAUCCCAAGGUCUUGUUACCGUUUCAGCGGAUGUUACUACUGUGGUCCCUCCAUUUCAAGACUGAUGUUAUGAGACAGCUCACUUGAGAUGUACUAAAUCCACCUGAAUGGCUCUCCAGAAAACUGUAUUGCUGAGCUCCGUUCUCCUCUCAGUGUGUUGGGGUGCCCUACAGGGCCAGAGGAACGUUCCUCAGUACCAUGACCUGAUAAAUCAAGGUCAUGUCAAGCUAACUCAGGGGGAGUCGGAACCGAAUUUUAUCUACAGAUUCAAUGGUACCACUAUGCUACAGAAAAUGCUAUCAUUGGACUCAAUGUAUAACCAGGCUUUGCUCCUAAAGAAGGAAUUUAUGACUGAUAUUGGGUCUCGAAUUAAAAUGUCGGCGGAUUGUGUUGUUGGACUUCAGCUAUUACUUGAUGGUUUGAAGGAAAGAAAUCUCUGGUCUCUUAAAAUGCUUGAUGCCAUAGGAAAAGUUCCUAGUGGUAUAUUUGACGGUGCUAUCAUGUGGCCCGGUCAGUAUGAUGAGUGUAACGCAAUAAGUCAGGCAUUCACAGAUAGAAUCACUAAUUACAAGACGAUCGUGGUUCGAGGGAAAUAUUUUGUUGCAGGAUUGAGGAAUCCUUUGGGCUAUAACACCACUGAUCUUAAGAUGGGGGUGUGCCUGCCUGAUGCAUGUACUGCGACUGAUGUUAAAGAAGUGAUGGAAUUAGCAUUUUUGGAACUGUACCAAUAUACAAACAAAACAAUCAAGCUUUCUCUGAAAUAUGUAUAUCAUCAAGAAGUAGAGUACAAGAGCACUCCAGAGUUUAUUGCUGCCAGUGUGAUCUGUUCCAUCAUUGGCUUUCUGUUGUUGCUGGGCACUCUUUACGACAUGUUUAUAAAUCAAGAUGUCGACUCCUCGGAAAUCGGAGAUGUGAGGGUUGAUAAACAGGACAGCGACAAACAGUCUGUUAAUUCGGACACCACACAUCUGAUGUCGGACGGAACUGGCGUAUCUGUCCUGUCAUUCAGAAACAAGGUCUUACACAACAGUAAACUACGGAAGUUUCUACUGAAUUUUUCAAUCAGCACUAAUGGCAGUAAGGUUCUCAACACUGAUGCCCUCCCUCAUACCGCGGUGCCCGCUCUCAAUGGGAUGAAGGUCCUGAGUAUGGGCUGGAUCAUUCUGGGUCACUCCUAUUACUUCACACGGGGCAUGGCAAGGAAUAUUGUACCAGUAACUCUGAAUUGGUCACAAAGAUGGACCUUCCAGAUCGUGAACAAUACAAAUUAUGCCGUUGAUUCAUUCUUUCUGCUCAGCGGUUUUUUGGUGAGUUAUUUGACCCUCAAGGAGUUACAGAAAAGAGACGGAAAGCUGAACUGGUUACUAUUCUACUUCCAUAGGUUCUGGAGGUUGACCCCUGCCAUGAUGCUGUUUAUCCUGGUGUACACGGCCUACUUCCAGUACUGGGGCUCGGGACCUCUCUGGCCCCUGACGUCCCCUGACUACCAGAACUGUAAGGAGUACUGGUGGAGGAAUCUUCUGUAUAUCCAGAACUUCUUCCCGUUCAGUGAAGAGUGCAUGGUUUGGGGUUGGUACCUUGCAGUUGACAUGCAGUUUUUUGUACUUUCACCAUUUAUAAUAUACCCCCUGUACAGGAAAUCUUUGAUAGGACACAUUAUCAUACUGGCUCUUAUGGUGGGGCAGAUGAUCUACAGAGGAAUAAUAUCAGUACAGCUGGAUAUGACCUUGAACGCAGCACCUGACCAGGAAGAAUUGUUUGACAAGAUGUACCAGAGGCCGUAUGCCAAAAUAGCCCCCUACCUUAUUGGCGUACUAACAGGGUACUUCAUGUGGAAAUCAGAAAGACGGGUCAAUCUGCCAAAAGUGAUCAUAGUGUUGGGAUAGAUUAUUUCCCUUGUUUGUGUGUCUUCUUUGGUGUUUGGGACCACUGAACAGUACAGGGGCCAUAAAUCCUCCACAGCAGUUACUGCCCUUUACAACUCUUUGUCCAAAACAACAUGGAGCUUGGGCUUAGCAUGGAUUAUUUUUGCAUGUAGCUUAGGAUAUGGAGGUUUUAUUAACACGUUCCUGUCGGCCCGUCUGUGGUCCCCCCUCAGUCGCCUGACCUGCUGUGCCUACCUGGUCCAUCCCGUCAUCAUGUAUGUCUACACUUACAGCCAAAGAUACACAAUGUACUGCACUGACAUCAAUAUGGUCUUCCUCUUCUUGGGAUUUUGGAUGGCUGCGUACGGAGUAGCUUUCUUUGUUUCCAUGGCGUUUGAAGCACCAAUGAUAGGACUAGAAAGACUUCUUCUGAGAAGAAACUAAGAUUAAUUGUUAAGAUCUAGUUGUUAUCUUUUUCUAUUUAAAAAUGUUUAUUUCUUAAAAUCAGUUUUACAGAUUUACAGGUGACUUUGUAUAUUAUGAAUAAAUCAAUCAAGGUUUUUUUAACGAACUGAAGUGAUAACAUGACUGUACAAAAGCUGUACACAACAAACAUAUGGGAAAAUAUAUAUAUUUUCAGUUGGUAACAUUUAAAAUGACCAACUUUGUAGAUCUGAUAAAUAUGGCUAUGUUUGGCAUAUUACAUGUACAUGUAUAAUGUUCAUUUUCUUUGUUUAUUUUUCUUAUUUCAUUUUAAUACCUGUUAAGAAUUCUGCUUUGUACACUGAUAGAAUUUUUUAGUAUUAUAUAUAAACUUUUCUAUUUACAGUAAUAAUCCUGUUUUACAUUAAAAGGAAAAAAUACAUAUAUAUGCCAUUUCUAAAUAGGGCUGUUAUUAAGGAAUUAGUGUCUUGUUAGGAGGGAAUGCCAGGGCAUCAUCAAUAGU